AAACGAUUUCAGUGUAAGAUUUGUAGUAAAUGGUUUCACUAUCGUAGUCGCUUGGCCGUUCAUUUGGAAAGCCACAGUCAUAAGGAUUUUGACAACAUCCAUUAUAGUUUAGGUGAUGAUGCAAGAAAAAAUGGGAAACGUUUCAAAUGUGAAGUUUGUGGUAAAUUAUUUCAAUAUCGAAGUCGUUUAACAGUUCAUUUAGAAAUUCACAAUGGGAAAGCCUAUGAAUGUGGCACUUGUGGCAAAUCAUACCUUCAUAAAGAAUCACUUACUAAUCACCUUCAAUCACAUCUGCAAACAACAACUUGUGAAUGUCAUAUUUGUGGAAAACAAAUAAAAAAUAAACGAAAUCUUGCUAAUCAUAUGAAAGUUCAUUCAAAUGAAAAACCUUUUCAGUGCCAUAUUUGUGGGAAACAUUUCUUAAGGAGUGGAGAUGUUGCACAGCAUCAGAAAAUCCAUCGAGAUAUUUUUCCUUUCGAGUGUGGAAUGUGUCACAAGAAAUUCAGAUAUAAUUCAAACUUAAAAGCACACAUGAAACUUCAUACUGGAGAAAAACCUCAUACUUGUCAUGUGUGUGGGAAAGCAUUUGUAGCCAAAGGUAAUUUAGUGGGCCAUAUGAAAGUGCAUAAUAAAGCUGUAUAUGACUGUCCUAUAUGUGGGAAAUCAUUAACCAAAAAUGUCAUGAAACACAUCUACAUACAUCAAAGAGAUGGUUUGUUUGAUUGUGGUGCUUGUGGUCAGGUUUUUCAUACUCCAGCCAAUCUCAAAAACCAUAUGUUAACCCAUAAAAAGUAUGAACACUUUACUUGUGGAGUGUGUGGUAAAGAACAUGCUACAGGAAGACAGCUUGUAAAACAUGUCCGUAUUUGUCAUUCAGGGAAAAUACUCUAUAUCAAAUGUGAUUGCUGUAGUAAAAGAUCUUAUGACCCAGUAGAAGCUAGUGAACAUAUAAAAACACAU